GUGGCGCACCUGUGUAGCUCUCAAGUUGCUUCCUUUGGAGACUUUUCUGACAUUUUAAAAGCAUGAAUCCACUUUUAGUUUUCUAGUAACUGUGGAAAACACGAAGGAUAAAAAGAAUAAUGAGCCAGAAUCACGUGUCAGGGAUGGAGAGCUCCGCCAUCUCCGUGCUGAAGCGAGCCGUGGAGCUGGACCACAGUGGCCGCUUCCAAGAGUCUCUGGUCUGCUACCAGGAGGGCAUCCAGCUGCUCAUGGACGUGCUGAAAGCCUCUGUGAAAGAUGACUCAAAGCGAGGUCACUACAGGGAGAAGAUAAAGGGCUACAUGCACCGAGCAGAGCAGAUCAAAUCUCAUGUGAACCAGCUGAAAGAAGAUGGGAAAUACCACGAGCAGAUCAGGAUCUCAGAGGACGCGACGGGUCACAGCUACGAGUCUCUGUUCAAGCCCUACAUGAGCAGCUUCCUCACCGAGGUCUGGGUGGAAGACCCUUACAUACGGCACAUACACCAACUGUACAACUUCCUGCGGUUCUGUGAGAUGCUGCUCAAAGCGCCCUGCAAGGUGAAGAAGGUCCAUCUGCUCACCUCCCAGGACGAGCAGGCGGAUAGCGGGCAGCAGCGCGGCGCUCUCUCUGAGAUCAAAGAGAGUCUGAGCGCUCAGGGAGUGACUCUGGAUCUGCAGUACUCCUCCACCAUACACGACAGGGAGAUCAGGUUUGACAAUGGUUGGAUCAUCAAGAUAGGCAGAGGGUUGGAUUACUUCAAAAGACCUAAGGGUCGAUUCUCUAUCGGUUAUUGUGACUACGACCUCCGGCAGUGCCACGAGACCAGCGUAGAUAUUUUUCACACCAAACACACAAAAACACUAUGAGAUUCAAACAUCUUAAAAACUGUUUUUCUAUCUUAAUUUACUCACCUGCCCAAAAGACACAUCUGCUGUGGGUUUGGAGUUGCCUUAAAAUACUUGUGAUGUGAUCGGCCUUAUAGAGCCAUUUUUAUCAGGUUUUACAAAAUGCUUUUGUCACACUGACAUGUCGUAAAUUCUGUACGAUCAUGUAUGAUUAUCACAGACUUGUGCUGUCAAAUGUUGCCAAAUACUUUGUUUUCCUGUUAACAUAUUAUUUUCUUUAAAGGGUUUUUUUCUGGUUAUUUUCUUUACAUUUUUUAAAAAACUUUUAAUUCUUCUAUUACCAAAUGUUUUUUAAGAAUGUCAUACUGCCAUCUGGUGGAAAAGGUCAAUUAAAACUGCUUUUAUAAUUAUUUAAAA